AUGGCUACAGUCCUCAUGGUCCCCUUGAUGCUGUACCUGCUCGCGGUGCUUGCCGGCCGCCAUGUUCACUGCAAGAGCACUGGGGCCGCCGCCGACGGCCUUUAUGACGUUACAGAGUACGGAGCGGCGCCGAGCAGAAAAGACAACAAAGACGCAUUCUUGGCGGCAUGGCGCGCCGCGUGCAGCUCCACGGCCGGCAACGCGACGCUGCUGAUCCCCGAGGGCACCUUCGCCGUCGGCGCCGUGGAGUUCUCGGGCCCGUGCAAGAGCGGUGGCGCGCCCGUCGUGGUGAUCGACGGCGUGCUACGGCCGUGCACGGGUGGAUGCCACCUAACGGAUGAUGACUGGAUCACGUUCAGCGCCCUGAGCAACCUCCUCGUCACCGGCGCCGGUACCCUAGACGGCCAGGGCGGCGCUCGGACUAACAAUGCCAAAACGACGACUCUGGAGCUGGACGGCGUGACGAACUCGACCGUGAGGGGCCUGCGGUUCGUGGAUAGCCGGGGCUUCCACUUGAGCUUCCACCGCAGCAGCCGCGUCACGGCGGAGGGCCUCCGCAUCCACGCCCCCGCGUCCAGCCGGAACACGGACGGCAUCCACGUCGGCUGCUCGAGCCACGUCCGCAUCGCCGACUCGGUCAUCGGCACGGGCGACGACUGCGUGUCCGUCGGCCCCGGCUCCUCGGACGUGGUGGUCACCGGCAUCAUCUGCGGCCCGGGCCACGGCAUCAGCGUGGGCAGCCUGGGGAGGAAGGAGGGGGAGGAGGACGUGCGCGGGCUGGUGAUCCGGAACUGCACCGUGCGCGGCACCACCAACGGGCUGCGCAUCAAGACGUGGCCCGGGUCGCCGCCGGGGCGGGCCUCCAACAUCACCUUCGAGGACAUCAUCAUGGCCGACGUGUCCAACCCCAUCCUCGUCGACCAGCGGUACUGCCCCCACGGCCGUUGCUUCGACGUCGACAAGCCGUCGCGGGUGCAGAUCAGCGAUGUGACCUUCAGGAGGAUCCAGGGGACGUCGAGCAGCAAGGUGGCGGUGCAGCUGCGGUGCAGCGAGGAGCAGCCGUGCAGCGGGGUGCGCCUGGACGGCAUCAACCUCCGCUGCGGCGACCAGCCGUGCCACGCGCAGUUCGCCAACGUGCGGGGGGCGCCCGCCUUGGAGGCGCAGGCGCCCAGCCUGUGGGUUCAAGAAGCUCACGGACUGCCAUCGGACGCUGAAUAA